CUACAAAAUAUCCUACUAAUACUUUGCUAAUUAGAUGGAUGUACACAAAUUAUUACUUUGCUAGAUUUAUAACCUAUAAAUUUUGACAAAAAGUACUAUAUUAUUAUCCUACCUGAAUGUAAUUUCAAAAAAGCAUUAUGUAGAAUUACAUAAUGCAAAACUCUGUAGCAUAUUUUUACCUGGGGCUGGCUCUUGCUAGUUCUUCCAGCUUAUUUAUUGGUUCAAGUUUUAUAAUUAAAAAGAAGGCUCUUAUAAAACUACGAACAAAUGGUCUUCUACGGGCUGGAUCUGGUGGUUUUGGUUAUCUGAAGGAGAGCACAUGGUGGCUAGGAUUUUUAUGUAUGGGAUUUGGUGAAUUGUUAAACUUUACUGCAUAUGCAUUUGCUCCUGCCUCAUUAGUCACGCCGUUAGGUGUUCUCAGUGUUUUGGUAACAUCUGUAUUAGCUUCAUAUUAUCUACAUGAAAAGCUGAAUUUAUUAGGAAAAUUUGGAUGCCUGCUGUGUAUAUUAGGGUCUACAGUUAUAGUAAUACAUUGUCCAAAAGAAGAAAAUAUUAAUACUUUAGAAGAGCUUGUUGUAAAACUGCAAAAACCAUUAUUUAUAUUUUAUAGUAUUGCUAUUAUAUUGAUAUGCUUAUAUUUAAAUAUUUUUGUAACUCAUAAGCAUGGCCAUAAAAAUAUUUCACUAUAUAUAUUUUUAUGCUCUGCCAUAGGAAGCCUAAGUGUAAUGUUUUGCAAGGCAUUAGGUGUUGCUUGUAAAGAAAUAUUUGCAGGUAAUAAUAAAAAUGUAUCCGUAUUCAGUCCUUUAGUACUGUUCUUUGUGUUCAUGAUUAUUUCAUGUAUUACAUUCCAAAUGAAUUAUCUGAAUCGUGCUUUAGAUAUUUUCAACACAUCUAUUGUAACUCCAAUUUACUAUGUGAUGUUUACUACUUUCGUUGUGAUUGCAUCAACAAUAUUAUUUGAAGAGUGGAAUCAACUUGCAAUAUUUGACAUUAUUGGAAAUAUAUGUGGCUUUUUAACAGUAAUUGUAGGCAUAGUUUUACUAAAUACUUUUAAAGAUAUAGAUAUAUCUUUAUCGAGUGUCAGACAUGUUUUAAGGCCAAAACGUGAGUCAGUUCCACAGUAUGAAAAUGAAUUAAUCACAUAA